AUGACAUCAAGUAAAAUUUCGCCGUGGAAAGAGACAUUAAAAUCGAUAAUUGCGGAAAGUAUUAAGGAAACAAAUUUGUGCCCACCAAUGCAGCUGUCAACCAUAAACCUAAACGUAAAAAGACCCGCAAAUCGAAGUGUAAUGUUUCGCGGUUUUCUCGGAGAAAAUCAAGGGAAUUGGGAGGAGGAAAGGAAAAUGGAAGAAUAUCUGACCGAGGUGACAUCUUCGGUUUUAAAUCCGAAGUUUGAAAGUGACUUAUUGACGAUUACUACUGAUGUGAGAUCAACCAAAGUUUCACAGUUAUUGAAAAAUUCAGAAUUUGAGAUUUGCUGGUGGUUUCCUUCAACCGGAGAUCAAUUUCGAUUAUCCGGGAACGCAUACAUCUUACCAUCACCUUCAAAUCCACUGUACAAGGAUUUUCAUUCAACGAACCUACUCUCUCCUUAUCUUAGUCAAGUAAUUAAAUUUAAUUGGGAACAAGAACGUAUGAAGUAUUGGUAUAAAUGUUCGUCAGAAAUACGCGCAACAUUUCUAAGGCCCCCACCAGGACAACCUAUCCUAUUAGAGCCUGGUGAGACAGAAAAGCAAUAUUUGCGCCAAUUAAAUGCAAUAAGCACAGAUGAGGAGGACAAGGAGUUGGUUAAGCAGGCCUUGGAAAAUUUUGGAAUUGUUAUAUUUAAAGUGUAUUUUGUAGAUAGAGUUGAAUUAUACUGUGAGAAUCAUAAGAGGACCACGUGGCAAUUGAAAAAGAGUGACAUUGGAAAUGACGGUGAAGAAGAAGAAUGGGUCGAACGAAGCGUAUAUCCUUGA